UUAAACGAUACUGACUUUAUCACAAAAGCUGUGCUUUAUUAAAAAAUCUUGUCCCUCUAAUUUCAUUUUCGUACAUUAAGAAUCUUGUUUAAAUUUUUUUUUGAAGUCCUUUAUCGUAUAACAUCGAAGCAAAUGUCUUUAGAAAAUUUAUCACAACCUUUGAAGGAAUACAACAACAUUAUAGACCCUCAACAGUUAAAAGAACAGGAUACACAAGAAUGUACACCCAGCAUAACAAUAUCACCUCUGGAUGGAUGUGAUUAUUCUUUAUUUCCUUUACUUAAGAAGAAACAUCAAGGGACGUAUAAAUUUCAUGAGUCAUCGCCAGGAGCAGCUCCGUCUUUAAUGCUUUACGAUCAAAGCCCUCCUAUAGGCUGCGCUAUCUGGUCGUCUCUAAUAAAUCAAUUUCAAGUAAUAUCCAUCAAUACCACUACUAUUUUGUUGGUUACUAGUACAUGCGAUAGUGGCGACAAUUGUAAAUCAGCUUGGCAACAACAUGAAAACAUUAACACUGUACAAAAUAUUCCUUCCAUCAAUACAAUGUCUAAGGAUUUUGUAGAGUUAUCUACUUCAUAUACAGCAUCUUCAAACUGUCCGUCUGCUGUUGUAAUAAAUUUUAUAUCUGACGAGAGUCGUCAAAAAUUUCAAUCUCAAUAUAACAAAGCAUUGACGUUUUCAAGUGCAACUCGUUCUCAUUUAGAUGCCAGCGAUCCUUCUACCGUUACAUCUUAUUUUCAUUACUACGGGAAAAUGAGUAAUCAAAUGAAUAUGCUUCAAGAUAGCGUUCGUACAAAAAUGUACUACAAUGCAAUUUUGUUGAAUUCGAAAUGUUUUGUAACAAAACGUGUAAUGGACGUUGGUGGAGGUUCGGGUAUAUUAUCUCUUUUUUCUGCUCAAGCCGGAGCCUCAUCCGUAUAUAUUGUUGAAGCUUCUUCUUCUGCUCUAGUUGCUUCUGCUUUGGUGGAAGCCAACACGAAAUGGGGAUCGUACAUGAAAGUCAUUAAUUCUACUGUAGAAAAACUUGAUUUAGUAAAGGAUUUAGACGGAGAGAAAGUUGACAUUCUGGUGUCUGAACCCAUUGGCACUUUCAUUUUUAACGAACGAAUGAUUGAAAGUUAUCUUUUUGCACGUGAUAUGUUUUUGAAACCUGGAGGUACAAUGUAUCCUAAUCGUUGUCGUUUGUUUCUUGCACCUUUUUGUGAUCCUGUACUUUACAACGAUAUCAGUAAUCGUCCAAACUUUUGGAGUGAUCAAAAUUUUUAUGGUGUCGACCUUCGAAGUGUUUAUCAAAAAGCAGCCGACGAAUUAUUUAGGCAGCCUAUUGUCGAUUAUAUUGAUCCGAACAAUCUGAUAACUACUGAGUGGCACUGUGAAGUAUAUGACUUUCAAACACUUUCCCGCGACUCACUCUCAGAUAUGACAAUCGAAUAUCGAUUUCCUAUACAAUUUCCAUGCUUAAUUCAUGGUAUAGCUGGUUGGUUUGAUGUUCAUUUCGAUGAAGGAGAACACUCUGUAGAGUUUUCUACCUCACCUUUAUCCCCUCCAACUCAUUGGUAUCAAAUCCGAUUCUUGUUUCGUAUACCAAUCGCCGUCAAUCCUGGACAAGUUGUAUGUGGAGUUUUGAGAAUGAACGCAAAUCCUCAACAGUCCUAUUACAUUACUGCUGAAGCUAUGAUUGAGGGAACAAACACAUACACAAGCACUACUGUUAUUGAUCUUAAGGAUCCGGAUUAUCGGUACUAUUCUAGUCCACAUUCACUUUAUAUACCCACAAUACGACAGCAACCACAGAAAAAUCAUGUUGGAGAAAAGGAUGCUUCGUACAAGGCUAACAAGGAAACUUUUAAUGACAAUGAAUCCAUUGCCUGUACGAACUGAUAAAUAUUUUGUGAUUUUAUAUGACUGAAUUAUGAAUACUUUCAAUUUGUACUCUUCCAAGUUACACAAGGUAUCACCUUUUUAACAUUUGAACAAAUAUAAUUAUUAUAAAUCUUGAAUUCUCUUAAAUGUUACUCUUCAUCCAUUAGUCAAUUACAAUAGUAACAUGCACCGUGACCUGUUCUCGACAUUAAAAUCGUUAUUUUGCACCUUUAUUCGAUUUAAGGCGAGCAACACAAACACAUGAAUAUU